AGCGCUCUGGGAGCGGCGGGCCUGGCCGAGGGGCUGCCGCUUCCCGCCAUCUCAAUGCUCCGCACGGAGAAAGUGCUGCAGCUGCGGGGCCAGCAGGGCCGCUCGGUGCGCGUCGUGCGGGAGCACUACCUGCGCCCCGACGUGCCGUGCCGCAGCGCCUUGUGCCCGGCCGCCUGUCCUCGCGAUGGCAAAUUGUUAUCAGAUGAUGUUACACAUUAUGUUGUCCCCGACUGCAAGGUUGUUCAAGAUUACCUUGAGAUUCUCGAGUUUCCAGAGCUGAAGGGUACUAUUUUCAUGCAGACAGCAUGUCAAGCUGUGCAACAUCAAAAAGGACGCAGACUGUACAACAAGUUACGAAAUCUAGUAAAGGAUGCCCGUCAUGACUGUAUUGUGUUUGCUAAUGAGUUCCACCAGCAUUCUUACUUGCCAAGAGAGAAGGGAGAAUCCAUGGAGAAAUGGCAGACCAGGAGUAUUUACAAUGCAGCAGUCUGGUACUAUAAUCACUGCUUGGGUCAGAUGCCAGUUGUUAUGGUUACAGAAGAUGAAGAUGCUAUCAGGCAGUAUGGAAAUGAAACAGAAGGAGUGUUUGUGAUUUCCUUCAAGAAUUACUUGGAUAACUUUUGGCCUGACUUAAAGGCUGCCCAUGAGCUCUUUGACUCUAUACUUCAAGCUCGGCGUGAACGGGAGAGUGAAAGCCAAGAAAACAAUGGGAAAGAAUAUCCUGAGCACUUACCUGUGGAAAUAUUGGAAGCUGGAAUCAAAUCUGGAAGAUACAUACAGGGUACACUGAAUGUCAAUAAGCAUAGAGCACAACUGGAAGCUUUUGUUCGACUUCAGGGAUUUGGCAGCAAAGAAACAGAACUCCAAAGUGACAUCCUUAUUUAUGAGGCCAGAGCUCGAAACCGUGCAAUCCAUGGUGAUGUGGUAGCUGUUGAGUUACUGCCUUUGCAUGAAUGGAAAGGAAGGACUGUUGCCCUUUGUGAAAAUGAGAGUGAGGAUAAAGCACCUGCAGACACCACUGGUGACCCUAUGCCCACAGGUAAAGUUGUUGGAAUCCUUCAGAAGAACUGGAGGGACUAUGUGGUCACUUUCCCCUCUAAAGAAGAGACCCAGUCCCAGGGCAGAAACGCUCAGAAAAUCCUUGUUACACCUUGGGACUACCGAAUUCCCAAAAUUCGGAUCAGUACCCAGCAGGCUGAAGCAUUACAGGAUUAUAGAGUUGUCGUGCGUAUUGAUUCUUGGGAGUCAACUUCCGUAUAUCCAAAUGGACACUUUGUGAGAGUGCUAGGAAGAAUUGGAGAUCUUGAGGGAGAAAUUGCAGCUAUUCUGGUGGAGAACAGCAUUUGUGUUGCCCCUUUCUCAGAAAUGCAGAUGAGUGAAAUGCCAGUGAGUUCUUCAAAGAAUCCAUGGAAGGUGAAUCCUGAGGAGGAAAAAAAACGUCUUGACUUGAGAGAUACACACUUGAUAUUCAGCAUUGACCCAAAAGGCUGCGAGGAUGUGGAUGACGCACUCUCCCUUAGAACUCUGCCUAAUGGGAAUCUGGAGUUAGGUGUCCACAUUGCAGAUGUAACCCAUUUUGUGGCAGCAAAUUCUUACACUGAUGUUGAGGCCAGAGCAAGGGCAACAACUUACUAUUUAGCGGAUCGUCGUUAUGACAUGCUGCCCUCUGUCUUGAGUGCUGACAUAUGCUCUCUUCUUAGUGGAGUUGAUAGGUAUGCUGUAAGUGUCUUGUGGGAGCUAGAAAAAGAAUCAUACGAAAUUCUGAGUGUCUGCUACAACAAAACCAUCAUUCGAUCUGCGUACAAGCUAGUUUAUGAAGCAGCACAGGGAUUAUUAGAUGGAGACACUAGUGUUGUUGGUGAUAUCCCAGAGCUGAGAAACUUGGAUGAAAGAACAAGACAGACCAGGGUGGCUGAACUGGUUUGGGCAAUAUCAAAACUCACCGAUAUAGCCCGACACGUUAGAGCUAAGCGGAACAGCUGUGGUGCUCUGGAACUGGAAGGGGUAGAAAUCCGAGUGCAACUGGAUGAUAAACAUAAUAUCCACGAUCUCAUCCCUAAGCAGCCGCUGGAGGUGCAUGAGACUGUAGCGGAAUGUAUGAUUCUUGCCAACCACUGGGUGGCAAAAAAGAUUUCAGAAAAUUUUCCUCACCAAGCUCUAUUGCGUCAACACCCCCCACCACGGCAGGAAUUUUUCACUGAACUUCGAGAAUGUGCCAGUGCCAAAGGUUUCUCAAUGGACACACGGUCUAACAAAACAUUGGCUGAGUCUCUGGAUAAAGCAAAUGACCCGUUGGAUCCAGUUGUAAAUCAGCUGUUGCGAUCUAUGGCCACUCAGGCAAUGUCUAACGCGUUGUACUUCUCAACCGGCUCUUGUUCUGAGGAAGAGUUUCAUCAUUAUGGACUUGCCUUAGAGAAGUACACUCAUUUUACUUCUCCAAUUAGAAGAUAUGCUGAUAUGGUUGUCCACAGACUCUUGAUAGCAGCAACUCUGAAGGAAACUAAAGGAGAUGUGAAGAGUAAUAUAUUCAGUAAUAAGGAUCUUGAGGAGCUGUGCAGACACAUUAAUAACAGAAACCGGGCAGCCCAGCGUGCUCAGAAACAGUCCACUGAACUCUUCCAGUGCAUGUACUUCAAAGACAAAACCCCGGAAACAGAUGAGCGCUGCAUAGCAGAUGGUGUUAUUUACUCAAUUCGAACAAACGGUGUCCUUGUUUUUGUACCAAGAUAUGGAAUCAAAGGUGCUGCAUAUAUGAAAAACAAAGAAGGCUUAGUCAUCUCCUGUCAAGGUGAUAGGAGCUGUGAGUGGAAGCCUGGAUCACUCCAUCGUUUUCAGAACAAAAUUACUUCCACUACAACUACUGGAGAAUCAGUUACAUUAAGCCUUUUUGAUCAUAUUACAGUGAAAAUACUUGUGCAGACUUCCCGCUGCCAUGCUGACACGAUCAAGCUGGAAAUAAUCAGGAACACACCAUACCAGACUCCAGAUGCAGAGGUUUCCCAGAAUUUUCACGUGGUGAAGUCUGACUUAGUAAAAGAAGUCAGUCAGUCUGCCGAAGCCCAGCGUGCGCAAGAGGCAGCAAGGGUUGAAGCAAUUGAUGAAGACUAUCAGGAGUACUGCCAGACCAAGGGGGCAAGCCUGUACCAGCUGCUGGAGGAGAUCAGGGAUUUGGCACUAUUAGAUGUUUCAGCUGACAUCAGAACUUGAACUAUAACCUAGCACAUCUGCUUGUUCAUGUUCUGCUCCUAUUCACUUUGUAUCAUGAAGUUGGGUUUUUUUUUUAAAAAGCAUUAUUUAAAAGAUUCAAGUCCUUUUAAUAAGAAAUUAAAUGUCUAUUUUAAAUAAGAAUUAUUUUUAUCUGACUGUGAUGAACAUGUAUGAGUUUUGAAAGAUUUUAUACAUGAUAAAUCUCAACUUCCAGGCUAAA